AUGGCGUACAAUCCUCGAAUGAGCAUCAUCCCCCCCUCGCAGCAACAAUCGCGGUCGAGGAAAAAGGAAGAAGAGGCCGACGCGUUUAUGCGACUGCCCGACCGCGAGAUCGUGGGAUGCAUCACCGACAUUGGCAUCAACUUCACCAUCGCCGACCUCCAGAAACCGAACCCGGCGCAUGUCCAGCAGAUCUUUGAGUGGUUCGCCGAGCUGCUUCUGAAUGCGACCCGCGAGACGGUCGAGCCGGCGAUGCGCGCCGCGGCCGAGGACAUUUGCGGCGAGUUUGCCGAUGUUGUUUCACCAGACACGCGCAACCUGAUGGGCUUUUUUGUCUCGCUGCGACGGCUGCUGGUGGAGUGCGGCAUCCAGGAUUUCAGCUUCAACGACUUAUACAAGCCCACAUACGAGCGCCUGGUCAAAAUCUUUAGCUACCUCAUCAACUUUGUCCGGUUUCGAGAAUCUCAGACAAGCGUCAUUGACGAGCACUAUAACAAGGCUGAAUCGACAAAGACGAGAAUAGAGGCUCUGUACGGCCAGAACCAGGAUAACGAGUCGAGGUUGGAGGACAUGAAGAACAACCGACAGGCCAUGGAGGCACAAGUGCGGGAGAAGACGAUGCGAAACGAGGAGCUAAAGAGGCGUUUGCUGGAGCUGCGACGAAGCCAAGAGAAAGUUGCAGCACGGUUAGAAGAAGCGAAGCAGAAAAAGGGCGAGUUGACAACGUUGCUGGAGCAGAGGACGCAGGAGAAGAUCACGAUGAAGCAAGAGAGCGCCAAACUACGGCCGUAUGUGCUACAAAGCCCGUCCGCUCUCCAACAGAACCUCACAGAAUUACGAGAUAUUCUCAACAACGACAAGACCCGCAUUGAUGCGCUAGACCGACGGGCACGAGCGCUGCAAACGUCGGCAGAUUCCUUUGGCGUAGUGGGGAGCGAUGUCGCAUCUUGCAUCAAGAUCCUGGAAGAAAUUGCCAUGGAAAUGGCCAAAGAGGAUGAAGAAAUGGCCAAAAACACAAAACAGCGCGAGGCCCUAUCAGAACGAGGAAAUAAUGCGCGCGAGGUGGAGCGGGCAGAGCAAAUGUUGAAACGACAGCUUGCCAAAUGGAACGAGCGGACAGAGAAGCUGCGCGAGCAGAGCAACCAAAAGGCGCAAGAUGCCAAGGAGAAGAUGCACGAGCUGCGAGCCACGCACAAGAAGCUCACGGAGGAACAAACAAACAAGGGCAAGGAAAUGGAAAUUCGAAGAGUGAGGAUCGAACAGACGGAGAAGAAGAUGCUUGACUUGAAGGAAAAUAUCGAGAAUGAGGUUCAUUCAGCAUAUGACGAAUAUCUCAAAAUGGAAUCCCACAUCAAACUAUACAUUACUGAGAUGGAGCAAACAGUCGGCUAA